AUGAAGAAAUUUGCCUCUGUUAUAAGUCUAUUGGCCCUUGCUGGCUACACGGCGGCUCAAACAGCUUGCCUCAGUCUGACAUCUGAGUUCCCACCAUGUGCCUUUACCUGUGUCAGCAGUGCUGCAAGUGCGGUCGGCUGCACCAAUACGAAGGAUCUGGCAUGCCAGUGUAACCCGCAAUCCUCCUCUGCCAUUCAAGGCAAGGCUCUAAACUGCGUAAUUGCUUGCGGGCCAGACGCUGCAGGCUCAGCUCUCAAGGCUGCUACCGAUAUCUGCAAUUGCGUCGCUACUGCAACCCAGCCUGGCACACCGUCGACUUCUAGCACUUUGCCAGGAAGCAAUAGUGCCACUACUACAUCUGCAAAGCCGACAAGCUCUGGAACUUCCUCCUCCGGUCCAGGCUCAGGAACCACCUCUUGUGUUCAUGUUCCUGGAACUACGGCCGACUGCGGCCCUGUGGCGUCCAAGAUUCCAGCUUGUGCCCAACCUUGCUUCAAGAGUGCGGCGCCAAAGGUUCACUGCGACGUCACUGACUAUGCCUGUCAGUGCAAGCCUGAUGCUCAGUCAAGCCUCUCACAGAUGUUGCCCGCUUGUAUCGCAACUGCAUGCCCGCUUGACUCGAGCACAAUUGCGUCGAUUAAAACAGCCGCGAGCAGUUUGUGUGCCUGCGCGACUGUUUCUCCAUCUGGCGGAAGCUGCGUGACAACCGCGACCUCUACGUCAGGGUCAAAUUCCACCAUGACUUCAGCUUCAACUUCAAAGCCAACAGGGUCCGGCGGCGGCGGUGCAACUAUCACCGAGACGGUUCAACCAACGAAAACUGCCACCUGUGAUGGUAGCUGCGGUGGUCAGCCAACUGGAGAAACAAGCGGUACGAGUGGUGAGCAACCAACAGGCACAGGAGGCGGUCCUCCUGUUGUUACUGCAGGUGGUGCUACGAAUCAUUACGAUACCGGCCUCAUGGCUGGUGUGGCCGGGGCGUUCUGGCUCGUGGCUGUUGCUUUGUAA